UCGAUAAUUUGAUUUUGAUUUGCAGCACCACAAAUGUUGCAAGUUGACAAAGAUUUCAUUUACGAUUUUCGAGUUAGACAAUUGUCAAAGCGACGAGCAUGGCGCGUUGCUACCUGUGCAACUGCACAUUUGCGGACAAAAAGGUGUACGAGCACAUGUUCGACCGGCGCUACAAUGCGAACGGCAUUGAACAGAAGACGCUGGCCAAUAUAUUGGCCAUGGUGCUGGGCCAUCAGCUGCAGGAAGAUCAGCUGCACUCCACGUUUGUGUGCAGCACCUGCAAGGUGAGCCUGCUCAAUUAUGAGGCAAUGGAGAAUCAAUUGCUUGCGGCCCGACGGGAAAUAAUACAGCUGCGCAGGUCAACCCUUGAACUAUAUGAAAAACAGAAAGAAGAAGACGACUAUCUAAGUGAGGACAGCAGCUUGCUGGAGUCAGACCUUAUCGAGGAGCAAGCAAAAGCCAGUCUCGAGCAUAUGAACCUGCUGCAACAGUGCUCAGAGGAUAUAGACCUAAUGUAUGAUACGGACGACGAUUUAAUAGCAGAGUGCGAUAGUACAGACGAAGACGAUGAGGAAGAUGAACUGGAAGUUAAUUUCAAAAUGAAGCCAGCUGGCAAGCAAUCGACAGCCCAAGCCAAAGCGAGCUGCACAUAUUGUGGGAAGACGUUUGCUCGGCGCCAAUGGCUGGAGGAGCACGAGCGCGUACACACGGGCGAGCGGCCCUAUAAGUGCGACCAGUGCGAUGCAACCUUUGCGCAACGCGCCAAUUUUCGCACUCACCGGUCAGUCACGCACCAGAACAAGGCUAACUUUAAGUGCAACCAGUGCGAGCGGAGCUUUAAGCGCAAGCGGUUGCUGGACAAUCACAUCAAAUCAAAGCACACUCAGCUUCGAGACUUGAAAUGCGAACACUGCGAGGCGACGUUCACGAAUCCGGUGAAUAUGGUCAAGCAUCUGCUCUGUCAUACCGGCGAGAAGAACUACAGCUGCCAGAUCUGUGGCAAGCAAUUCAGUCGUGCCGAGAAUCGGAACGUUCAUCACUUUGUACACAGCAUUCGAAAGCCUUAUGUUUGCGUCGUCUGUGACGAGGGUUUCAUGCGUAAGCAGCAGCUCCAACAGCAUAUAGCCGCUACCCAGCAUCCAAAUCCGAAGAUCGUUCGCCGUAAGCCGCUGUUCAGUGCUGCAAACUCCGACAAGCUGCUCCAACGGCCGCUCAGUGAGGCUAACAAAUAAC